UAUUGUUGUUUUAUUUUUAUUACACUUACUCUUCGUAAUGUUUAGCCUACAUUGUUAAAUAAAAUUAGUGAUAAGAUAACGUUUACUUUGCCUCAGUGCCUCGGUAACAAUGUCAGCGUACGGACCAGAGCAUCCUCGUAACCUUAUCCCUGAGCUGUGCAAUCAGUUCUAUCAUUUAGGAUGGGUGACGGGGACUGGCGGUGGCAUCUCCAUAAAAGAUGGGGAAAAGAUCUACAUAGCACCAUCAGGGGUACAGAAGGAACGGAUGAAGUCAGAUGACUUGUUUGUGCAGACAAUCAAUGAUGAAGAUCUAGAACUUCCACCUCCGGAGAAACAGCUGAAGAAGAGUCAAUGCACGCCUCUGUUCAUGCUGGCGUAUAAGGAGCGCAGUGCCGGCGCCGUCAUACACACGCACUCGCCACACGCAGUUCGCUGCACGCUACUCUACGACAAGGAGUUCACCAUCACCCAUCAGGAGAUGAUCAAGGGUGUAAAAGACGCCAAACUGGGUCGGUUUCUGCGCUAUGACGAGAAGCUAGUCGUACCUAUCAUUGAGAACACGCCUUUCGAGCGAGACUUGGCCGGCAGUCUCGGCGAGGCUGUCACGCAGUACCCUGGCACCAGUGCUGUGCUGGUUCGGAGACAUGGCGUAUAUGUGUGGGGGGACACUUGGCAGCAAGCAAAGACUAUGACAGAGUGCUACGAUUACCUGUUCGAGAUGGCUGUAGAAAUGAAGAAGCUCGGCCUCGAUCCUGCUUUCAACCCUGAUGCCCAGAAUAAACCUGCUAACUAAAGAAACUAUUGAAUUGU